AUGCAAGAGGAGAAUCAAACACAAAUGUCUGAAUUCAUACUCGUAGGAUUCUCAGAUCUAUUUGAAGUGGAAAUACUUUUGUUCCUGCUCUUCCUACUCAUUUACAUACUAACAAUAAUAGGAAAUCUUGGUAUGAUUGUAUUGAUCCAGACUGAUUCCCUCCGACUGUCUCCGAUGUAUUUCUUCCUCAGUAAUCUGUCCUUCAUUGACAUUUGCUAUUCCUCAGUUGUCACCCCUAGGAUUCUGUAUGAUCUUUUCACAGAGAAGAAGAUAAUUUCAUACAAUGCAUGUGUGAUGCAGUUGUGGUUCUUCACCCUCUAUGCCACUACUGAGUGCUAUGUACUAGCUGCCAUGGCUUAUGAUCGCUUUGUGGCCAUCUGUAACCCUCUGCUUUAUCCAGUUACCAUGACGAGAAAGAUAUGUUUCCAGCUUAUAGCUGGCUGCUACCUGGUGGGGAUUGUGACUGCAAUUGUUCAUACCAGUGGUACAUUCAGGCUCCAUUUCUGUGGCCCCAAUGAAGUCAGCUCUUUUUUCUGUGACAUUCCACCUAUGCUACGGCUUGCCUGUUCAGACAACUAUGUUUCCAAGACAGUACUCUUUGUGUUCUCUGGUUUUGUUGUGGUAUUGAAUGCAAUCAUUGUUCUCAUCUCCUACUCUUAUAUUCUUUCCACGAUCCUGAGGAUGAGAUCAUCCUCAGGCAGGCGAAAGACCUUCUCAACCUGUGCCUCACACCUUAUGGCCGUUAUAGUGUAUUAUGGGACACUCACCUUCAUGUAUGUUCAGCCUGGAGGGCUUGAGGCAGUGGAACAAGACAAAAUAGUGUCAGUUUUCUAUACCAUUGUGAUCCCCAUGCUGAACCCCGCCAUCUACAGUCUGAGGAAUGAGGAAGUGAAAAAAGCCCUGAAGAAAAAACUGAAUAAGAAAAUCUUUCUUCAGCAGCCAAAAUUAUGA